ACGCUAAUUGUGCACCACUACAAUAAAGGUGUGGAAAUCUGUUUCCACAAAAGAAAUCGCAAAAAUUAAACAGAGAUAAUUUUGUGCAAAGAGAAUAACUUUCUCUAUAAUUGAAAUUCCAGAAUAACGGUGUUAUGUGCCCAAAAGGCUUAAAUUGAUAUUAUUUGAUUGUGAAAAGUGUGUGUGAAGCGCACGUCAAUGAAAUAGCGGUAACCAGCGUCACGAAGCGUGCUUAGUUGGGGAGAGCUUUACGGAUCGAACAACGAACAUAUUGCAGCGAACAUCGAAUAAAGCAACAUGCCGUUGCCAAAGCGAUCUAUAGAGCCUGUUCAUGUCGCACGGUCUGUUUAUCAGCAGGAUGAGCUGCAGUGUGUGGAGUUGGAGACGGUAACAAACACUACACUGACAAACAUCAUAAGGCAGUUGUCAUCACUGUCGAAGCAUGCAGAAGAUGUCUUUGGCGAAUUGGCACGCGAUGUGGGCAACAUUGGUGAUCGUGCCAAUUCUCUACAGGCUCGCAUUGAUCGGCUGGCAAUCAAGGUCACCCAGUUGGACAGCACAGUUGAGGAGGUGCCACUGACCGAUAUAACGCGCAAGAAGGCAUUCAAGUCAGCCAAGAUAUUCGAUCAACAGAUCUUCUCGCGCUCCACAAUGCCCGCUCCAAUGCUCGAGACGUAUGCGCAAUGCGACAAACCACCCCCACUGGACAAGCUCAAUGUGUAUCGCGAUGAUGGCAAGGACGGACUCAAAUUCUACACGGAUCCAAACUACUUCUUUGAGUUAUGGCGACAGGAGAUGAUUAAGGAUACGGAACGCGUCAUGCACGACAAGGGCAAAAAGAUUCAUCGUCCCCGACAAGAAGGUGCAGGAGGUGGUGGCGGUGGUCCUAACAACCGGCACAAGAAACGUGUUCGCACGCCACAUAACACACGCGAAAAGCAGCGACAAAUUGCUUUGGGGCAUGGUGAAACUUUAAUGCCAAACAAUGUUAUUUAUCGGACACCCAACGCCAUGCCCAACGAAGAGGGCGGAUAUGGCACGCAACUAGUUGAAAUCCAAACCGUAAUCGCCGACAGUGAAUUGCACCUGGGGUUGGGCACACUGGCGCGUCGAAGACCCAUCCAACAGCAUCUGGCAAAUAUUGGUGAUGUCCAAGACAUGGGCAUUUAUGACACCCGACCACCUCGGCCAAACUCCAUUGAACUACGGCGUAGUUACCCAUCGGAACAGAUCGAUGGCACUGGUUAUGAGCAGCUAACACCACAUGCAGCCGUUAAUCAGUAUGCUGCUACAUAUGGAACAAACGGCAUGACGGCCCCACAACAGAUACAUCUGCAGCAGCAGCAAAUGUACGAUGCCACGCUUUACCAUCAGUCGCAUGGAAUCUAUGGCCAGAGUGGACAAGGUGCCUUAUCGCCGGAACCGAUAUAUGGGCCAGGAACUCCAUCACGUACUAAACCGCGACCAUCGCAACCGCCACCGGCGCCACCUUCCAAUGGUAGUGGCGGUGGUACUCCAACGGCAUCUAAUGCAAAUACUCCAACACGAGGACGCAGCAUGUCCACAAGUCGUGAUGCUCUGCCACCACCCCCACCAGUGCCGGAUGCAGUGUCUCCAUUGUCAGCUAUGAAUGGUGCUGCUAGUGGACAUAUGGCGGCCAAGCUACUGGGCCGCACAAACAGUACAUCGCGAGCUGGCUCUCCGCUGAUGGCUCCCAGCAACAGUACCCAGAACGCUAACGAUUUGGUUAUGGCUCAACUGAAUAAUACGUUCAAUAGCAUGACCAUGACGAACAGCAACCAAUUGAACUCGCUGAAUGAUUUGCCACCACCUCCGCCAGUUCCCGAUCAGCAUUCUCCAAAAAUGUCACCACCCAAUGUUGCACCACCACCGCCUCCACCACCGCCACCAGUGGAGGACUUCAUGAACUCUAUGCAGCAAUUGCAGCCGCAUCCACAUCAAAUUUUGCCAAAGGGGCUGCCUAAUGGAGAACUGCAUUUAUCCCCGCAACCAAAUGGUGGUGCUCACAUUGUCAGCGCUAAAAAGGUGCAGCCACCAUUCCAUGAUCCACGCAAUGAUUUAAUGAAAGCCAUUCGAGAUGGUAUCAUAUUGCGUAAGGUCGAGAAAUCCGAACUAAAGGAAAUUGAACGCAACACGGCGAUGCUCGACGUAGCCUCAAUUUUGGCUAGACGUGUGGCCAUCGAGUUAUCAGAGUCGGAAGACUCGGACAGCGAAGAUGACAGUGAGGGUUGGAUGGAAACGAACGAAACUUCUGCUUGAUCCCUGAUGGCUUCGGUUAAGCCAGAAAAGAAUGCAAAAAAUAAGAAGAAAAAGUAAUUCCAAAGAUACAAUUGAUGCAGCGUUGAAAGCAAUUGGAUUACUUCAAAGCGCCAAAGCUUUUUUUUACCAUAAUUUUUAAGAGUAUACUUAUAAUCGAGCAUACCUUAACACUAAACUCUAAACCUUAAAUCAAAAUUAUAAAGGAAUUGUAAAUAUUUAUAUGCAUUCACAUACCAAGAGUAAUUAUGGCUAGUAUAUGUAAUAUCACUAAUGGAAACAGACAUACAUAUAUGUAUAAAACACGCAUUGGGAGUCGUAUUCGUAGCAUGGCUAAGCCUAAGCAGCGUUAGGGAAUUUACACUCUUCUCGUUUAAAUACUAACUCUUGUUUUCAACCAUUAGAAACUAUAGCUGGAAUUAUGGAGUAUAUUAAAACGCGGAGGAGAAAUUUCGGAUAUUACAAAUAUAACAAAAACGAUAUUUAACUCUAAUAAACUCGAAUACGCAAAUGAUUAUUAACAAGCAAUGCAAAAGAAGCACGCAUAUUAAACUAUAGAAUGGGCAGUUACAUCAAGCAUUUGCUUAGCAUGAUUGUAAAUACAAAUUAUAAAACUAUAUACAUUAUAUAAAUAGCUAAGAAAGUCUUGAGCAUUUUUAAACAAGCUAUGAAACCGCAAUAUACGAAGCAUAUAUCGUUUAACUUACAUACAUAUACAGUUUAUUCAAAAAAAUAUUCUAAAUAAUAUAUGUAUUAUCUUAAUCUAAACCUACUGAACACUUCUGCUAAACAUGUACUCGCUACGUACACCAAUCAAUCUAUAAAUAGCUACAACACCAUUUUUUAUUUCUUGUUUAAACCUUAUUAAAAAUAUACAAUUAAUGGGUGUAUGCAUAUUAUAA